GCAAAUUCGACAUCGUCACUGCUUGCACCGACAAGCUAACAAAAAUUCAUUGACAGUCAUUCAAUUCUCGGUCUUCGGUCCUUUACCAUCGUCACGAUUUCUGUUAAGAUGAUGUCUUCGGAUGAACCUGGUACAACCCCUUUCCACUCCGCACAAGCAUCAUUCUCGAAGUUCCAGCGCCAAUAUCAACAAACACUUGACCGAUGGACUCCUCACGUUCUUCAGCGAUGGUUGUCGACUUUAUUUCUACUGGCGCUCUUCAUGCUUAGGAUUGUGCUGUCCCAGGGGUGGUACAUUGUCUGCUACGGCUUGGCUAUUUAUCUUUUGAAUUUACUUCUUGCAUUCCUGCAGCCCAAGUUCGACCCUUCACUUGAAGAUGAUCUUCUUGCGGAUGAGAUUGAAGAGGGCGGCGAUCAAAGUGUGCCUGUGCUUCCCUCUCAGCGAGAUGAUGAGUUUAGACCUUUUGUGAGAAGACUUCCUGAAUGGCAAUUUUGGUUAAGUGCAACAAGGGCCACUCUUGUAUCACUCUUCUGUACCGUGUCAGAGGUCUUUGAUGUACCAGUCUACUGGCCGAUCCUCGUGGUCUACUUUUGCGUUCUCUUCGCAUUGACAAUGCGUCGGCAAAUUCAGCACAUGAUCAAGUACAAGUACAUUCCGUUCGACAUAGGGCGCAAGGCACGUUACGGUGGGAGCAAGUAGACACUAUUUACUGCUUCUUGUCAUACGGAACAUUUUCUUCACCUAUAGAUUUUGGAUCAUAAUGCACGACUAUGUUUAUUGCUGUACCAUUCCCAUGAUUUUUGAUGUCCGCAAAGUUUUCCGAGGCGGCGUUAGGAUACGGUAUGGACUUACGGCGCUCGUAAUCUGCUUGUUAUUCCUGGCACUGUUACUUGACAGUUUGAAAUAUAUGGCUGGUGAGCUAUCUAGUUGAUAACUUUCGGCU